UCAACCACAGGCACGGAGAGAGAGAGAGAGAGAGAGAGAGAGAGAAAGAGAGAGAGAGAGAGAGCCAAGAUGGCUUUCUCCCAAAGAGCAGCUUGUUUGAGGGUUCUAGUGCUUUGUGCAGUGUGCGCAAUUUGGUGUCAAGUGGCAAUUGCUCAGGCAACUGGGAGAACCAGACACUAUACUUUCCUAAUACAAUUGAGAAACAUAACAAAGGGGUGCAUUACAAGGCCAACAGUUACUGUCAAUGGCCAGGUUCCUGGUCCCAAGAUUAUAACUCGUGAAGGAGACAGACUUAUCAUCAAGGUGAUCAAUCAUGUGAGCAACAACAUUACCAUACACUGGCAUGGGGUUAGACAACUUACUACUGGGUGGUUUGAUGGCCCAGCUUACAUUACUCAGUGUCCUAUGCAGAAGGGGCAGACUUUUGUCUACAACUUCACAAUCACAGGACAGAGAGGCACCCUCUUCUACCAUGCACAUGACUCCUGGCUGAGGUCCAGUGUGUAUGGACCCCUCAUCAUUCUCCCCCAGCACAAUGCCUCCUACCCAUUCCCCAAGCCCCACAAAGAGGUCCCCAUUAUAAUUGGUGAAUGGUGAUAUGUAGAUCCUGAAACUGUCAUCGCGCAGGCUCUGCAGACAGGAGGCGGCCCCAACGUCUCUGAUGCCUACACCAUUAAUGGCCUCCCUGGACUGCUCUACAAUUGUUCAAAUAGAAACAAUACUUAUAAGCUGAACGUGACACCUGGAAGGACUUACCUCCUCCGGCUAAUCAACGCUGUGCUCGAUGAAGAUCUCUUUUUCACUAUUGCCAACCACACUGUCACAGUUGUGGAAACAGAUGCAGUGUAUGUGAAGCCCUUCCAGACAGAUAUGCUCGUUGUAACACCGGGACAGACGAUGAAUGUGCUCCUCAAAACCAAGCCAUAUAGCCCCAGCACCACAUUCCUCAUGGCAGCCAGACCUCAUGUGACCGGUCCGGCGACCUUCGACAACUCCACCACGGUGGGUCUUCUCCAAUACAAAACCAAGAAGGGCCGCCAUUACAUCUCUCCUCCUGCUUCUUCAAAUUUCUCGUUCAUAAUGCCCAGUCUUCCCGCUUUCAACGACACCAACCCCGUGACCAACUUUAGCAUGAAGCUGAGAAGCUUAGCGAGCGAGCAGUUUCCGGCGAAGGUGCCUCUGAAAGUCGACAUGCGCUUCUUCUUUACGGUUGGCCUCGGCACCCGUCCAUGCGCCAGCAACCAGACAUGUCAAGGACCAAAUGGCUCCAUGCUUUCAGCCGCCGUUAACAACAUCUCCUUCGUUCUCCCCACCACCGCGCUGCUCCAAGCGCAUUACUCCGGCCAGUCCGCCGGAGUUUACAAACCGGAUUUUCCUAGCCAGCCUCUCAUUCCGUUCAAUUACACCGGAACUCCCCCCAACAACACCGUGGUGAUCAAGGACACCAAAGUGGUGGUGUUGAAAUGCAACACCAGCGUGGAGCUUGUGAUGCAGGACACAGGCAUCCUUGGUGCAGAGAGCCAUCCCUUCCAUCUCCAUGGCUUCAAUUUCUUUGUGGUGGGGCAAGGUGUUGGGAACUAUGAUCCAAUCAAUGAUCCCGCCAAUUUUAAUUUGGUCGAUCCAGUUGAACGCAAUACGUACUCAGUGCCAAGUGGAGGAUGGACUGCAAUUCGAUUUCUUGCAGAUAAUCCAGGGGCAUGGCUAAUGCACUGCCAUUUGGAUAUCCACCUGAGUUGGGGCCUGGGCAUGGCGUGGGUGGUGCUGGAUGGAGAACUGCCGGGCCAGAAGCUGCAGCCGCCGCCGUCCGAUCUUCCAAAGUGUUGGUCCUGACCCUUGAAGAAAACGAAAUUUUGGACGGAGUUCUGUUCUCGUUCGAUCUAGCAUUACUCCCCCUCUGCCUCCUGAAGAUGAUAACUUCAUCGGAUGUUUGCUGCCAGCUUUGGAUCGGAUGCUGCUCUUCUUCUGUUCAGUUACGAGUUACAGUUUCCCAUUUGUGGUCGUUCUUCUUCUGUUCAAGAACUUUCUGCAGAAGGAAUCGCCCUUCUUCUGUUCAAUUAGGAGUCACAAUUUCCCAUUUGUGGUCGUUCUUCCUCUGUUCAAGAACUUUCUGCAGAAGGAAUCGCCCUUCUUCUGUUCAAUUAGGAGUCACAAUUUCCCAUUUGUGGUCGUUCUUCCUUUGUUCAAGAACUUUCUAAGAAGGAAUCGCUAGGGAGAUUCGCCAAAGCCAGUGGAACACAAGAGAAUAUGUCACUGGUUUUAUCUGUGUGAUUCAUUGCACUGGCUGUGAGAACUGAGAAAUUAAUAAAGUUUUCUCUUGAUGAGAAUUUAUUUCA